AUGGCAAAGAGAUCUAGAGCCUCUAUUUUACCUAGUAAUGUCAUUUUACUGCAAAAUUUGGUCAAGAGAGACCCAGAAUCUUACCGUGAAGAGUUUCUGCAACAGUAUUCGCAUUAUGGAUCGCUACGAGACAUUUUCAUGCUAAAUGCAGUCGAAAAUGAGGCGAACGAUGCUUCUGCGACGGCACAGUUCGUAGAGCUCAUUGGUUUUGUCAGUCAAGUGUGUUCCUGCUUUCCGGAAGAAACAGCUAACUUUCCCAAUGAGCUUAAACAGUUGGUGCUAGAACACCACAAGACUUUACCUUUCGAAGUGCGUGAAAAGAUCAUCACAAGCUUGACUAUGCUGAGAAACAAAGGAAUUCUUUCUCCUGAAACUUUGAUCCAGACAAUGUUUCCACUUUUGAUCGCAUACUCUACGCAAAGUAAUGCGCUUGCUUCGAAUUCUCACGCGCGCGAAUUGCGGAAACUUAUUUAUGGCACGUUGGUUUCGCUGCUGAAAAGUUGUAAUACAGGUUCCAAGAAUCAAAAGUUGAAUAGGUCCACUCAGUCGCUGUGCUUCAACCUGCUUGAGCAGCCUGACGCUCAAGGUAUGUGGCCAGCAAGAUUGACACGUGAAUUAUGGAGGCGCGGCAUCUGGGAUGACUCGCGUGCCGUCGAAAUUAUGACUCAGGCUUCGUUGCACGACGACGUUAAAGUUGCAUGCUCGGGUAUCAUGUUCUUUUUGGGUGCAGACCGCGAGCGUGAGGAGAACUUUGAGGAAAACUCGGACGACGAGGAUGGAUUUGACAUGACCGCGUUGAAACAUAAGAUGCAAGUCAAUAAGAAGAGCAGUAAGAGAGGCAAAAAGCUGGACAUGGCCUUGAAAACUCUCAAGAAAAAAUCCAAUGAAAAAUCUAAUCCGGGGCAGAACUUUUUGAAUUUCAGUGCUAUUCAUCUGCUACGUGAUCCGCAGGGGUUUGCUGAAAAACUGUUUGCAAAGCAUUUGUCAAGUAAGAACAGCGCCAGGUUCAAUUUGGACCAAAAGAUCGCCUUGUUGCAGUUACUUUCGCGUUUGAUUGGUACUCACAAGCUGAUUGUUCUUGGAGUUUACACUUUCUUUCUAAAGUAUUUGACGCCCAAACAGCGAGACGUGACCAAGAUUAUGGCAGCUGCUGCCCAAGCCUCACACGAAUUAGUGCCUCCUGAGACCAUCUUUGUUAUGGUAAGAAAAAUCGCAGAUGAGUUCGUAUCCGAUGGUGUUGCUUCGGAAGUCGCCGCUGCUGGUUUGAACACCAUCCGCGAAAUAUGUUCGCGUGCCCCAUUGGCAAUGGACGAGACUUUGCUUCAGGACUUAACUGAAUACAAGGGCUCGAAAGCCAAAGGUGUGAGUAUGGCGGCAAAAUCUUUGAUUUCCCUGUACCGUGAAGUUGCACCUGAUAUGUUGAAGCGGAAAGAUAGAGGUAAAACUGCAGCUAUGGAGCUUCAAAGUGCUCAACGCCAGGGGCGUGACUUUGAACGUCCUCAGUUUGGUAUUGAAAACAGCGUGCAGGGUAUCGCUGGUAUUGAAUUGCUUGCGAAGUGGAAGAAAGAAAACGAAGAGGGAAACGAAGCUGGAGAAGAAGCCGAUGACAAUAAUUGGGAAGUGGCUGAAAACGAAAGCGAAGAAAACGACAGUGAUGAAGGUGAUUGGGUCGUGAUGGAGGAUGACAAAGAGUAUGACGUCGACAUGGGCGUCAGCGACGACGAGAAGAAUCCUGAUUCUGAAGAAAGGGCUCAACCAAAAGCCAUGAGUUCCGAAGAAGCGUUUGUUGAAUUAGCGUCUAAUCGCAUUUUGACCCCGGCAGAUUUUGCCAAAUUGCAAGAACUGCGUACAGAACAAGGUGUCGCCCGCUUGAUGGGAAACAGAAACGAGGAGACUGUGGACUCUGAUAGACUUGUUGGUCCUGUAAAGCACAAAAACACGAAGGAAGAGAGACUUCAGAGUGUUUUAGAGGGACGUGAGGGCAGAGAGAAGUUCGGCAGUCGCAAGGGAAGAAGAGAAGCGGCUCGUUCGACUACGAACAGAGAAAAAGAACGCCGAAAGAAUUAUGUGAUGAUGAUUCACAAGAGGUCAGUGAAAGGCAAACAAAAAAUGUCUUUAAGAGACCGUCAGAAAUUGCUGAAGGCCCACACCACGAAACAGAAAAAGCGUGGCCAUUAA